UUGCAGGCUUUCCGUUCCAAGUACAGAGGCAGUGUUCCUUUGCUUGCAUCAAUCUUUUGCAAGUGUUUGACAAAAAAAAAAAACUUUGGAAGUGAUAAUAACUGCUGUUCUUACAGACAAAAAGGCCCCGCACUCAUCUCUUUCCUCCAGAUUUCUUCCUGCCUGGCCGUCGUCCUGUUUUACCCCUGCUCACUUGGUGCGACUUCUCCUCACCAAGCAGCCACUCUACUCCAGAUCUUUCAAAUUGAAGUUCCUCUGCUUCAACCUUGUGCAUGUUGGAUUUCACAUCAACAACAUCUCCCUAUAACCUUGGAGCUUUGUUCGGAUUCAAGCUUUCCGACGGUAAUUGGAUGAUACCUCCAUCGCACGCCAUCAAGGUGAAAUCCGGAUAUCAAUUCUCAAGAUGAAUGGUGCCACAAAGUGGCAUAAGAAGCAAGGCUCUUGUUAAUUUGGCUAAACCCAAAUACCAAAUUCCCUCAUUUUUCUCUCAGAUUCUGCACAUUUUCGCUUUCUCAAAUCAACAUUGCUGCCAUCAAUGGAAAAUGAAGAAGAAGUAGCUUUGUCAUCAAACCCUAACUCUAACCUCCUAGUUGCAGAUCCAUCCCUCCAAAAGAAGCGCCAAUCAAUGCUUGACCGCCUCUCCAACCGCCACCAAACUCGUUUAGACAACUCACUCACCCACAGAUCCGCCGAGUCCGACUCGUCCUCUUCCCCUUCCUUCGAGUCCACAUCAACUUUCCUCUCCCGCUUUUCCAACUCCAAGAGCUCCAUCGAGUCCCAACUCGCCCAAUGCCAGCUUUGUGACCCAACUCAAGUCAAGUCCCACCUCGACCAAAUCUCCUCCUCCAUCUUCGAUCUCGAGAAGCUCGUGGCCGAGAACUCGUACUUCUUACCCUCCUAUGAAGUUAGGUCCUCGCUCAAGACGACGUCGGAUUUGCGGCAGAGUCUUGAGUUUUUGAGCGCCGAGUUGUUACCCAAAAAGAAAUUCUCUUUCAGAAACAAACCCACCAGAAAAGACCCAAUUGCAGAACCCAAAGGGGAGGAGAAAGAGCAGGAACCUGAGAAGAAAUCGGGUUUUCGGGUUCCAGACUCUCCGGGUUUCCGGAACAAGAAAGGAGAGAUUUUGGUGCAUAAUUUUAAGGGAUCGGAAGUGGGAGAGUUUUCGAUUUCGGACCUUGAUUCCUGUGAGGUGAGGCUAAUGGGCUCCGUGAGAGCGCUUUUUAUUCAUAGAUUAAGGAAUUGCAGGCUUUAUACUGGCCCUGUGACGGGUUCAGUUUUGGUUGAUGGUGUUGAAGGGUGUGUUUUUGUGAUGGCCUCCCAUCAAAUUCGGAUUCACAAUGCGAAAAUGAGUGAUUUUUAUCUGAGGGUGAGGAGCCGGCCAAUAAUUGAGGAUAGUUGUGGGGUGAGGUUUGCGCCGUACUGUUUGACCUAUAAAGGAAUAGAGGAAGAGCUUAGGGAGGCCAGUCUUGACGAAGAGACAGAGAAAUGGAGCAACGUGGAUGAUUUCCUAUGGUUGCGGGCAGUUCAGUCGCCCAAUUGGUCUGUUUUGCCAGAGAAUGAGAGACUUGGUUUGGUUGAUAUUUCAAGGUCCGUGUAGAGUUAGUCUGUUAUCCAUUUUGUUUGUCACUAGGGUGUGCUUGGUGUACAAGGGUAACAUUCUUUUGUUGUAUUUGGUGUCAAUAUGGAUAUGGAUUACGGAAAUGUUGAGUCUAUUGGUUUCUCUUGCAUUCUGAUUACUGACUAGUGUCCUGUUACUUAAGCCUAUGGUUAUAUGAAUUUACAUUCCUAGUCAGUUUCAAUUUUAUC